AUGGAAGGUAGACAAGGUAGAAGCAGAGGUGGUGGCAGUUGGAAAAGAGGUGGCCAUGGUGGAAACGACGGCGAUAGGUUUGGCGGUGAUCGCAGAGGCAGAGGAGGUCACUACCGCGGGCGUGGAAAAAGAGAUCACGGCCGUGGUCGCGGACGUACGGGAGAUGCACACGCAACAGAAUUCCUGCACCGGAACCAAGUUGAAGAGGGUGACUUUCAUGAAGAGGGUCAAAAUCUAGUUUUCUCAAGGAGGAAACUGGAGUCAAACUGGGACCGUUAUGAAGACUCGGAGAAGGAGGAAACCCCCGAGGACAUCCCAACUAUCAGGGGAACUGAUUACCACGUCCUUCUGGGUUCCGCAGGAGAUUGCUUCACUCAAUUCCGCUUUUCUGAAGAGAGAGACUGGGAGAAGGAAACCUUUUCAUCUAGUCAGAUGUCUACUAUGUUUGUGGACCUCCAAGCAUUGGCCCAGAGCCUUGAACAAGUGCCUCUUCACCAGAGACUCAACUUGGAAGCUGAGCUAGUUCAGGUUUCGACGCCAGUGAACCUGCCCGCAAUAAUUGCAGCCCCUAAACAGGAGAUGCCGAAGCUGUCCUCGUUCACUUCUCCGUCAGUAGCUUCAAAAGUCCCCAGCACCACUCCUAAUAUCACCAAGACGUUAAGCCUCGCUGCCAGCUCUGACUUUCAGCCUCCCUCGAGUGCCGUAACCCCCUCGGCGGACGACGUGGAUGAAGAGCUGGACCAGCUGCUCACUUUAGCGAAACCACUGUGUCCUAUCUCAAGAGGCCAGUCUGUCAGCGUUGAGAGCACUGGUGUGCUGAAAGAGUUCGACACAGCUACGGAAGUGCCAAUAAAAGAGGAGGCCCAAGACGACCAAGUUGCACCUACUGAGUCUGCUUCUGUCAGGAAGGAAAUGACUGAGGAGGAUCUGGAGGACUGGUUGGAUAGCAUGAUCUCUUGA